AUGGCUACUGCUGGUUCGGUGGAACAAUUGAAAGUAGCAUUUGAAGAGUUGAAAAAUGGAAAUGUCAGACAAAUUGUUCUUCAUGGGGAACCGGGAGUUGGGAAAACAUGGAUGGCAAGGAAGCUAAGUUAUCAUGCAAUCAAAGAAAAACUGUUUGACAUUUCUCUUUGGUUGUCUCUUAACAAGAGUUAUGACUCUAUUUCUCUUUACAAGAGUGUUGCUCGGCAGAUUUCUCUCUUUCCUGUUUCUGAUGAGUGGGAAUUUGAGGAUGAUGCUGAUGAAUUGGAUGAGAAUGAUGCAGAAGAUUCUGACCGAGAAAAUGAAGAAUUGAAAGUGAGAACAUUUGAAGCGCUUAAAGGCAAGAAGGUUCUCUUAAUAUUUGAUGGUGAGGGGAGUCAAAUGAAGGAUCAGGAAAUUUUGCAAGAAUUUAAAGACCAGCUGUCCAUGGAUGGCAAUGCUCCACAAAUGUUCAUUAUCACUUGCACAAGAGAAAGAGAUGUUCCCCGUUCAGAGGAGACGAAAAUAAUAAACGUGCAAUGCUUGUCUGAGAAUGAGUCGCUGAACAUACUGAAAAGAAUUGUUGGGAAGAAUAUUGAUGAGAGUCCUCGUAUAAGAGAACUCGCUAACUACUUUCUUGGCAAAAGCAAAAGAUUGCCUCGUGAGGUGCUUGUGAUAGGAAAAGCCCUGAGUUACUUUGGAAGAGAUGAGUCUGGAUUGAGCAUGUUAGAAAAUGUUAAGGAGGAAAAUGCUGAUCAUUAUAGUAUACCACAGUUACUCAGCCUUGGGUAUGAGUUUCUUCCAAGGAAUAUUCUGAUUGAUUGCUUUGGAAUUGAAAACCAAUUCUUGCAUAAACGUGGAAGCGUGUAUUACAAUGAGUUGAUUAACUACUGGAUACUAGAAGGUUAUCUUUGCAAUUUUGAUUCCAUUGAGGAUACUUAUAAUGAUGGGCAUUCUGUUUUGAUGGAGCUCAUCGAUUGUGGACUACUCAAACAGUCAGAGCCGGGCCAGGUUAGCAUCAGCGACACAAACUAUCAGGUGAGUGAUUCUGAUUAUCUGAACUAUGUGGUGGCAACUCAACUGGGAUUGGCUGCUGCAUUUUAUGGUGAUCUCGGAACCACUGCAGCAGCAAAAGGGAUGAUAAAGAGUAUUGGUUCCAUUGAAGGACGAAGAAAGGUGUCUACAUUUAUGCUUGGUGUUGAUCAACUCAACAAUGAGAUACCUGCUGACUUCCUCCGUUUCAGAAAGGAGCUUGAAAUUCUUGCUGUCUUUAAUCCUGCUUUUGAACUAUUGCCACUCCCCUUAUAUGAAAUGCACAAACUUCAUCUGCUUGUGCUUAGGGGAUGUGAUAAUUUGGAAACUUUUGAGUCCAUUAUAAAAGUCAAUAAUCCCACUUCCAUCUUUCAAAAAUUGACUGUUUUUGAAAUAUCUGGUCCCAGCCCCUUGACAGAAAUUCCUGAUGAACUUUUCCUCAAUAUGCCUCAUCUCAAAAGCCUCAAUCUGUCAUCUCUUCGGAUUGAGUCUCUGCCUAGGUCUCUUUAUUCUCUCAGGGAACUUGUUUGGCUUAUCCUUAGACAAUGUUCUCAUUUACAAGAACUAGGAAGCCUGAAAAAGUGUAGUAAGCUUGAGGUUCUUGACUUAAGUGGCGCGUACUCUCUGAAAACCAUACAUGACAAAAGCUUUUCCUCAAAUCGGGAGCUUAGGAUCCUAAAUCUUUCGCAAUCCCAGAUUAUUAACUUACCAUUGCUCAGAGAUCUUCCAAACCUCACUCAUCUCUUGUUACGUGAUUGUGAUCAGCUAGAGAGACUUCGAAAAAUUACUGCAUUGUCCUGUCUACAGAUUCUUGAUCUUUCAGGUUGCACAAACUUUAAGGAAUUUGUUGAUCCAUCAUUCGAAAAGAUCUCCAGCCUUAAAGUGUUGGAUGUUUCAAGAACUUCAGUCGAUAAGCUACCCUUGGACAUCAGCAUUCUAUGCGAACUGCGAGCUACUGACUGCUUGAAGCUAAAAGAAUUACCACUUUUUGAUCCAAUUAAAGGCCUUCGGGUACUUAAUGUUUCAGGUUCCUGCCAUCUGGAUGUCAUUCCAAACGGUUUCUUUUCUUGCCUCACAUUCCUUGAAGUGUUGAAUCUCUCAAACACAAACAUAAAAUGUCUGCCUGCCCUUUCAGAUCUUCAUAAACUUCGCCUCUUGUUACUAUCACGUUGUACUGCAUUGGUUUCAUUGGGAGAGUUGCAGUCGACAACAAGACUUGAAAUCUUAGACCUUUCAGGUUCUACUGCUCUUAAAGAAAUACAGGGCGAGUCCCUUGAGGAUAUGAUUCGCCUUCAAAAACUUGACCUGUCUGGAACAAAGAUCACUCGUCUGCCACAUCUAUCAUCGACUAAUCUUCGUCAGCUCGUGCUGAAAAACUGUUUCAAUUUGAAAGAAUUUCCAUCCCUGAAGAAUCUUUCUCGACUUGAAGAAUUAAAUCUUUCUGGAGUCAGAUCCAUAGAAGUAGUACUGCCUGAUUUUGAGCAUAUGACUAGUCUUCGUUUGCUAGACCUGUCUGAAACCCUUGUAGAGAAGUUGAAUACCUUGUCAAAUCUCAAGAACCUUAAUUAUCUUUCUCUUCGAGAUUGCCGAUCUCUAAGUGAGUUACCAUGUCUGGAAGUGCUGUUAAAUUUGAAUGUUCUUGAUCUUUCUGGAACAGCAGUGAAGGAGAUACCAUCCCUGGAGAAUUUUGUUCAUCUUCGUAGGCUUCUCCUCAAAGAUUGUUUAAGCCUAGAGAAGCUAAGGCAACUGGAGAUUCAUGAAGUACUUAAAGACAGCAUCAACGAGCUUCCAUUUGGGAUCUCCAAAUUGACUUCUCUGGAGCAGCUUGAACUUCCAAUUUUCGGUGCUGUAGGGCACAGGGAGGACCAGCUGAAAUGGAGCAUCUCAAACUGGCCAGAAAUGUCAGCUGUAAGCAAUAAGCUCAUCCUGACUCUCGAUGGUGUUGAGAUUGUUCAGCUAUUGGAGGAAAAUCCUAAAUUGCGGGACAAAAGUUUCAGCCACUUCCAUUUCUUUGUUCAUCCUGUUGAAGCAUUUGGAAACUUUGGAGAUAAGAGAUUCCUCAUGAAUGAAAUUUUUCUUAAAGAUACAUUUUUCAGGACAAGGCAACUUUCCAAUCCCAAAGGCAGAGAUCGGUCCUUGGACAUUCGGGGAUUCAAGUGCUUCCCCAGGAGUCUUGGGCUUAUCUUAGUUCAUUCUGAAACUGUAUUUUUGGUCGAUAAUCCAUUUGUCACAUGUUUAUCUGACUUGGGAGUUGACAAUAUAAGGAAAUUGGAAGCCUGCUGGAUGGAGAGAUGCACCGAGAUGGAAUAUAUUUUCCCUGCAGAGGAAAUUGUGGAUGCUCCCCCGCUAAAGGACAGUGGCAACACCGAUGUGGCAGAGGAGAAUGCUAGAAUCAUUACGAAGACGUGGGACAGUUUAGAAAUUCUGUGCGUUUCUCAUGCUCCAAAGUUGAAGAGCAUGUUCCAAGGGGGCCUGAAAAGCAGUAGAUUACAAAAUUUGAAGUGUAUAUGUCUAGAGCAUUGUCCUCAGAUAUCAGCCUUCUUUUCUGCCCCUGAACAGCUAGGAAGCCUUGAAACUCUUCAACUUGGAUACUGUGACAGGCUUGUCGCGAUAUCUGAACAUGAGCAUGCUAUAUUUCCGAAACUGCGAACCUUAAAACUCUGGGCGCUUCCACAACUGAGAAACAUUACAUGCUUUUUUCCAAGUCUAGAAACUUUGGAGAUCGGAGAGUGCCUCAUUCUUGUGAAUGUCUUUUCUUCAACUCAGGUCCCUGAAGGCAUUAAGAGCCUUCAAAUUAAAUUUUGCGACCUAUUAGAAACUGUUUUUGAGUCCACAAACAGGAGACUGACAAAUUUGCAAAGGUUGUGUCUGUGCGAUUUACCGCAGCUGAAGACUAUUGGUGCAGACCUGCCAGACCUGAAAGAGAAAGAGAAAAUCAUUCGUGGAUGCCCAAAAAUGACUUAG